UGCUGUUUCCAUUUGGGCCAUUGAGGCCGAGAGAUUUCUCGCCGACUUCCGCUUCGACUUCUUCGUGGGAAUAAAGGCCUCCUUGCCCUGUUCCAAAUCUCACUCAGGUUCAGGACCUUCCAUCGCUCAUCAAUGGCAGCCAUCUUAGCUCGGAAGUCACUAUCUGCUCUUCGUUCUCGUCAGCUUAUCUUGGCAGGACAAGCCUUGCAGAGUCCAAAUCAUUAUGGGAUGGCAUUUGCUACACGAUCAUUUGCAACCAAACACUCAUUUUCCACUGAUAAAGAUGAUGAAGAAAGAGAGAAAUUGUCAAAAGAGAUCUCUAAGGAUUGGAAUUCUGUGUUUGAACAAAGCAUAAAUACAUUAUUCCUCACUGAAAUGGUCCGCGGUCUGAUGUUGACACUGAAGUACUUCUUUGAACCAAAAGUUACUAUCAAUUAUCCAUUUGAGAAAGGGCCUUUGAGUCCUCGAUUCCGUGGUGAACAUGCACUCCGACGUUAUCCGACCGGGGAGGAGCGGUGCAUUGCCUGUAAACUCUGUGAAGCUAUUUGUCCAGCUCAAGCCAUCACGAUCGAGGCUGAGGAACGUGAAGAUGGAAGCCGUAGAACAACCAGGUAUGACAUUGACAUGACAAAAUGCAUCUAUUGUGGCUUCUGCCAAGAGGCAUGCCCUGUCGAUGCCAUUGUUGAAGGACCCAAUUUCGAAUUUGCAACAGAGACUCACGAGGAGCUUCUCUAUGAUAAGGAGAAGCUGCUUGAGAAUGGAGACCGAUGGGAAACUGAAAUUGCAGAGAACCUGAGAUCUGAAAGCCUCUACCGUUGAUUCCUCACUCACUCUAAUCAUUAUGAGUUCCAGUAAUUCCUGCCUGGCGUGCAGUUGUGUUUUCUCAAAUUCUAAGAGAAAUCUGAUGAAUAAGUAGUAGAUCAAAUCUAUCUGUGUAUGAGAAUUUUAUGUUUUUGGUGAUUGUCCUUUCUACUCUGGUUAUGGGAGCACUCUUUUAUUUGGAUUUUGAACCAGUUCCUUCCUC